UCACAACUCUAGCCAGAAUGAGAUCCCACCCUGCUAUUCUGCUGGUCUCUCUGCUGGUGAUCUGUCACUCUGUUUACGCAGCUAUCCUAGAAACCAACGGUUCCUAUAAGAGCUGCAGAUGCACAAAGCAGACUUCAGACUUUAUAUCGCCAAGGAGAUAUGAAAGUAUUGAGAUCAUUCCUUUUGGGGGCGCCUGCCGAACCACAGAAAUUAUACUCAAACUAAAAACAGGGCAGAAAUUGUGUGUGAAUCCCAAGGCCCCCUGGAUGCAGAAAUUGCUGACUAAGAUCCGUAACCAAAAGGAACAAACGUCUUCCUCACAAAAUGAAUAGAAGCCUAAACAACUUGAGAAGGAAAAAGGAUGGAGGGCACAAAUCUGAUUGUUUCCUAAUUUUGCUUUUGCUGCUGCUUAUCUUUGUCUUGCUCAGCCCACAGAAUUAAUCUUUCUAAACAAGCAGCAACUUUUGUUAGCUACAGCUCCCUCUCACAUCUUUCAGAAAAGCUCGACCUAUUUUUACAUUAGUCAGAUUUCUUGUUCAGUGUUUCAAUGUGCUACCUCAUGCAUCAUGAGUCAUGGAAGAGUAAUAUCAAAUCAAACCAACUAGAACAAUACAACUUUGGUUUCUUGGAAUAAAUGGACUAAUGUUUACCAAGUAUUAUGGCAUCUGCUAUAAGAAGAAUUUGUAGAGUGAGCUAUUACGUAAUGAUCCUGCAUUUGAUUCCUCAGUGUCCUUUUUCCGUGAUGCAUAUUCAAAACUUCCCAAAUAUUAAUCCCUACCUUGUUCUUUGCCAGUAAAUUUUAAAUCACAGUAUGUCUUAAAGGGCCCUUUCCACGCUUGUUGGAAUAAAUGUGAAGCACUUUCAGUGCAAAGUAUUCUUUGAACAGACUGUAAUCUUUUAACUUUUUAUAAUGUACUCUUCAUGUGUGUGCUAUGAAGCAAGUGCAAUUCAA